AUGGCCAAGCCUUUCACUUGGGACUUCGAACCCAGAAGCGUCGCCUUCAAGCUUCAACUGCAAGCUAGCUUUCAUCCGUCAGUUGGUGGAUGUUCCGUAUCGCUGCCCUUUUUGGGUGCUAAUGGAGAUCUUGCGGCUCCAGUAGCAGUAUCUUUGAGUUCUGGCGAGACCAAGCAACGCCAGGCCGGCCCAGGUGGGCGCAGUGCGCAAACGGCAAGUGUUGAGAAGGACCUGGGAAGCUUUAAUGUCACGUUCGAGUUCGUGAAAGGCAUCCAGCAAGCCAAGCUGCCCAUCUCUGUCGCGUUGGAAGGUGGCCGGGAGAUUGCCAGCCAGGCCAGGAUAUGCCUGGGACCGCUUCUUCUUACCGGAAGCAAGGCUUUAAGUCCGGAGCUGUACAACCCUGGAGAGCCGCCGAGGUCAAAACGGCUUCGCCCGCGCAACGCGGUGGCAGCUACCUUCACUGAUUCGCUCGGCGUUGCUGGGCUCUACAGCUUGGAUGUGCUUGUGCUGAUGGACAAGCCACUGUUAAGCGAGGAGAUGCUCCAGCGUCUCAUGCCCGCAUGCUUUCGGGUAGAGAUGAUCCGCGGCUUGCCAAACGAGCGGGGCCCU